AUGUCUUUGACGGGGACAUUGCCAUCCGAGCUUUUUCGACUCGCACGACUUGAAGAAGUUGAUUUCAGCUACAACAGCAUCAGGGGCACCUUGCCCACUCACAUUGGAAACUGUCAACUGUUGGAGCAGUUGGAAAUGGAACGAAACAAACUGUCCGGAAGCAUCCCCACCGAGUUGGGGAGCCUUGGAGGUCUGAAGGUACUUGAAAUCUUUUCAAACUCCUUCACAGGUCUAAUUGCCAACAGAGAUUGGACAGACCACAAAACUGCAAAGUCUAUUGUUGAAUGA